UUGGGAUGAGAGGAGACAUUGAAAAGUGGUGUCGAGAAUGUUCCACCUGUGCUGUUGGAAGAAAUGAAAAACAUGACCAAAAAGCACCCUUACAUCCCAUUGUAAGCCAAACACCGCUAGAAAUAGUUGCGAUUGACCAUGUGAAGCUGGAACCAAGUCGCUCAGGUUACACAUACGCCAUGACCAUCAUUGAUCAUUAUACCAAAUUUGUUGUAGCCGUACCUGUCAAGGAUCUGACUGCUAAAACAACUGCAGAUGCCUUCUGGAAACAUUUCCUAUUGCCAUAUGGAUGCCCAGAAAGAAUCCUUACAGAUCAGGGAUCUGCCUUUGAGUCGCAACUCUUCAAAGAACUGUGUACACUUCACAAUUGCCAGAAAAUCAGGACCACAGCCUACCACCCUCAAGGGAAUGGACUUUGCGAGAAAAUGAACCAAACUUUAAUUGAGAUGUUAAGAGCAGUACCUCCUGCUACAAUAAGUGAUUGGCCUACUCUAUUGCCUCAGUUGAUGUACACCUACAAUAACACGAUUCACUGUUCUACUGGGUAUACACCUUACUAUCUCAUGUUUGGCCGACAAGGUAAACUACCUGCUGACCAUACUUUGGGCGUACAAGUAUAUUGCUAUCCCUUGCAAGACGCAGGGCUCAGCAUUAAUCCUUGUACUAGAAAUCUGCAUGAGCACAUGAACAUAUCCAUUGGAGUGAUUUUGAGACAUGAUAUCAAUUUACUUCUUUUUCGAUUAAUUGCUUUUUACAAGGAACACAAAAUUCUAACUCAAGAAAUGCUAAUUUGUGAGAGAACUUUUCCAGCAUAUUCUUUCUGUGGGAAGAAAAAAGGAGAUGUGUUAAGUGAAAUGCAAGUUCAGCAGAUUUCAGCAGUUUGUGUCUUCAUCUUCAUCUUCUUCCUCAAGGCCAUAGCCAGGGUGCCACCUUUCACAAAUUAA